AGUAAUGAGUGUUGCGUCUUUCCACGGCCCACUCAGAAGAGCACCUUCCCUCCUUUUACACUUUGCUCACUGACCACUCUUCCUUCCUCAUAUCGCAGAUGGCGACCCCCUCGUCCGAGCAGCCGGUGUCCUCGAGCUACGUGGACAUGCUCGUGAAGGACAAGGAAAGCGGCACCUUGGCGGCGCUAGAGACCAUCCGCGAAGCCGGCAACGAGGCCCACGUCCACAAUGAUGCGCAUAGCUCCUCUGUAGAUCCCACCGAUGCACAUAAGGGUGGCGGCGGAGGCGUCUCUGGAACUCGACAGCGACAGCAGCGCUCUCGCGGUCGUGAAGUCGCCUUCCGCGUGUCCACGCCGGAGCGCAUUCGUCGCAGGUCGGAGGUCCUUUACGGUGAAAUCCACACGAUGAUGGAGCGCCACGACGCCCGCACCGGACGCGAGCGCGAGGUGCAGCGGCGGGUUUCGCGUGGGUCGCGCGUGGCAAGCCCGGAGGGCAGUCACAACAAGGCGCGUCGUGGCGACUGCCCUGCUCAAGGCGGGUCGACGGCAUCUCCGCAAACGCCCCUGCCCGACAUUCAUCAAAUGUUUGAGGAAUCUCGGCGCGCUCACUUGACGGAGGCGCAGCAGCAACGCACGUACUUUCCCUCUUCCAGCAAGCCGACGACGUACUCGUCGAAGGACCCGAGCACGUUUAGUUAUCGCUUUCAGUCUAUGGGGUCUCCGUAA